GGAUCGGCGUUCUCAAGGCUCAAGUGGACAAGACGGCCGACAACACGUAGUUCGACCCUUGGCCAUAAGAUCCAACCCUUUUUUCUCCCCCAGAGGAAAUUUGGGGGGGGGUGCAGAACUACGGGUGAAGGUUCAACCUACCCCACAGGAGGAGUUAUCGGGGGCGGUGUUGCACCAAUGGGCGGAGGAACAUCGGGCGCAGAGGGACAAACAGUCCAGCCAAGAGGCCGGACGUCUCCUUCCUUUAGAAGGACCACAUCACAAGAUGUUGGACGCGAGCGAAAUGCGGUGACUCCAACGAAGCUAAGGAGGCGCCUAAGCGAGGAUAUGAAGGACCUUCAUAUCCGCGAAGGAAAUGACGACGAAAAUUAUGGAGCCUCCGGAACACCGUCGCACGGUCAGGAGCAGGGGAAGCAAGGCUCUACUUCAAAGUCCAUGAAGCGGUCGCAUCGUCAGCUAAUGGAGAAGAAGGACCAGGGUCAAAGCUGGACCAAGUACCUCCUUCCGUUGCUGUUCACGGCGGCGCAGGAAGGCGUCUUCGCCCUGGCUUGGGCAGUUUCCCCAUCAGAAACAAUUUUUCCAACGCUACAAAUUUCAGGCCCACCGAUGCCUCAGGAAACGGUGGCUAUGACGAGGAGACUAUUUGGUCCAGACAUAGCGGUGCGCUGUAUCCCGGACGUCCCGACACCGAAGUUCUUUGUCGAAAAGCAAGUGAAAAAGGCAUUAGCGAAAGCAGAGCAACGGGUGGAAAUUCUCCCCCCCAGCUCUCAGGAAGAGCAAUGGUGGAAACAAGAGAGAGCAGUUCGGAUGAAGCAGUGGGAUGAGAUACAGGAGGAGAAGUCAAAACGAUGGGUGGAAAUUUUGAGUGUGAAAGGCAUAGCAACGGGGGGAAGGCUGUCAAAGUCCACGUUUCAACUCUUGUCGCCUCGAUAUAACCACCAAGCGAUGAAAUCCUUAAUGCACCCCUUCGACGAACAGGCACCUGUGGCCGUCUCGUCUACAGAAAUGUGUAGCUACGCACAACAGUAUUACCAGGACAUUCUAACCUCUCGGAGACGCCCAGAGGAACUUACCACCAACCAGGACAACUUAAUAGAUCUUUGGGAAGUGGUAGACGCGCGACUGCCAAGGGUGGGACAACUGGACUUGGACCGACCCAUCACAGAGAUGGAAGUCAGACAAGCGCUGAAGGACAUGGCUAGGGGAAAUGCUCCUGGCUCAGACGGUCUUACUGUAGAAUACUACAGUAUGUUCUGGUCAGAGCUAGAAGCCCCACUGAUUAAGUUCUAUAAUGAUAUUUUAACGGAUGGCAAGUCUUGGCUUGCAAAGGUAAAUCGUAGAGGGAAGUUAGAGAUGUGCUCGUGGUUUAAGGAAGAUACGAGUGUUUUGUUGAGUUGCUUAUCGUCCGCUCUUUUCGAUUGGAAAUGCUGUGCGGGGAUUGGGAAGCGAGAAAGGCAGAAUUCCUGGAGAAAGGAAUCAGGAGGGGAGGAAGGAGAGGCGGGGAGGGGCAGGAGCAAGCGCGAGCGACAAGGAAUCAGACACGUGUUCUGUCUCCGAUCGAUGAACGCAGCGCUGUCUGGAGGCGCAUGGCUAUUCUUGUCAGGCGACUUCGGGGUAGUGCUGCGGCUGCCGCGGGAGAAACCUGAAAUUCAAUCUGCCUUCACCGGGACAGAUGUGGCCAUCCCUAGACGGCCGCAGAGAAGGUAUCGUUACGACGGAGCAAGAACAGGGGAACUAGCUUCAGUCCCCACGUCAGGAGCAGCAGGGAUGGACACAAGAUCGUCGUUAUCACUCUCACUCUCAUUGUCGCAUGGCGACUGCGUAAGCCGAGAAUGGUGCUCAACAUCAGCAAGCACAAGCAGUGCUGCUUGUGCGACGAGGAGGUGCGGGAGGGGUCGAAGCGCUAGCGAUCGGCUCGUUUGUAAUCAUUGGAAAAGAGGACGCUUCGGAAGACUUAGUGCGAUUGUCAGAAAAAGAGCAUGCGAUUCUUCGCUGGUGGAAAAAGAGGGAAGCGUGCAAGAGACUGUUGCUGCGGGUUUCCUUUCGGGCCCAUCAACCCGUGGUAGCCAGGUUUCGGGUUCAUGUCAGCAUGGGGGUUUCUCUCAACUGGCGGCGAGCAGAAAGGCGCACAGUGUCACGUGCGAAAUGGUCAUCAGAGGCUUGUUGUCACGCGAGGAGGACUGGCUAUUACCUCGUGGCGUUUUUAGGCGCUGCGCGCCGAUAAAGGGUCGAGCUUCCGCUGCAGCGGAUGCAGCAGCAGCUUCAGGUUGGGAGCCCGGUUCGGCCGUUACAGCGUCCUCUGCGGAUUCCAUAAGUGAGACUGUCGAGGAGGAGGAGUCUGUAUCCAUAGCUGAGAAUGUGUCCAAGUUCAGAGACGCUUUUUGGCGGUUUCUACGGCCGCAUACCAUACGCGGUACGCUCCUCGGCACAACCGCUGUUGUUGUGAGGGCCUUGAUGGAAAACUCUCACGCUAUCAAUUGGGCGCUGACGCCCAGAGCUCUGCGAGGCCUGCUGGCGUUGCUCUGCGGCAACGGGUACAUUGUUGGCAUCAACCAGAUAUACGACGUAUCUAUCGACAAAGUGAACAAGCCGUUCCUUCCGGUCGCGGCGGGGGAUCUCAGUCCUGCAUGGGCAUGGGCGCUUUGCCUCCUUCUGUCGGCGGUCGGGAUCGGGAUUGUCGCGACGAACUUCGGACGGCUGAUCACCGCUCUGUAUUGCACGGGGCUGUUGCUGGGAACCAUUUACUCCGUCCCUCCCUUUCGGCUAAAGCAAAACCCGCUCUGGGCAUUCCUCAUCAUUGCAUUCGUCCGGGGAGUUCUGUUGAACUUUGGGGUAUAUUACGCGACGCGUGCGGCGUUGGGACUGCAAUUUGCUUGGAGCCCUUCCGUGGCCUUCAUCACUGUCUUCGUCACCCUUUUCGCGACGGCCAUUGCGAUCACCAAGGACCUUCCCGAUGUGGAAGGUGAUAGACAGUUCAACAUUGCCACUUUCGCCACCAGGCUCGGUGUUCCGACAAUAUCUAUGAUCGGAACCGGCAUCAUUCUGUGUAAUUACGUCGGCGCCAUCGCCCUCGCGCUGAGCAUGCCCGCGACAUUCAACCUUCCUGUGAUGAUCGGAGGACACGUGCUUCUCGCCCUUAGUCUUUCCUACAACGCCUGGAAAUUGGCCAAGGCUGGCUACGCUAAACCGGCUAUCCUGGCAUUUUAUCGUUUCAUCUGGAACCUCUUCUAUGGAGAAUACAUCAUGUUCCCGUUCAUUUAAAUCCGUCGGUCGUAUGGAGAAGACAGCAUGUUCCCGUUCAUUUAAAGCCGUCGAUCGAGUCAAGACUCAUGGUUGGAUAGCGAGCGAGGUAGAUAUAUGGCCUCAGAAGGGUUUACUUACGUGAGUUGAUGAUGGAAGAGAGUAACAGGCAAUGAACGGUGUUCUUUGGAGGGGAGGGCAGUGUCCCGCAGUGGUUGCGCCGCACCGGUCACAAUAUGCUCACUCACAUUCUGCAUAAAUAUUCGACUGGCCAGCGGGAUGGUUGCGAUCGCGAUCGGCCCGUCCGUGACGUGAACUACGUUGUUUCAAUCAGGCAGCUGGGAUUACUGUAUGUGUCAAGGAAAGCAGAUGGCUUUUCUUCGAUCCGGAUGAGACUCCAGGUCAUCGCUUUGUUUUCCGUUUCCCCUCUCUCUCUCUCUCGUCCCCCACCCCCCACCCUCGCCUAAACAGGAAAUUAGGAGGGAAGCCGAUGAUGAGCCAUGUGCCUCAGAUGGUUUCCUUUAAUCGUUUUUCACUUUCCUCUUUUUUCUCCCGUACCUAUCUAUUUAUCUAUCUAUCAAUCACUGUUGACGCUCCAUUUCUUUAUCGUUUUCGUUGGCGCGGGCAAGCUGUAACGCCGUCGUCCGAAGUGAUUCCGAACCACCUACUGUAGCGUGGCAACUUCCGAGGGUAGCUAUUGCUUCCCGAGGUGGUUCGCAUGAGAGCAUGUAGUACACCUAAAAUUGCCCAUUUGAAUCGACGACAUUGUCUGAAUCCGUCACAGGUAACCAUUGUUAAACACCUAUCCUCACAGAAGCUGCGAGAUUAUCUGAAUAUCUGUCUUUGUGAGAGUUUGUCUGUGUAUGCGUGCGUGCUUAUGUCUGUAACUCCUCCGGCCCGUGCGUUCCUCGAUCGCCCAGGGGCGUGCAGGUCUUCUUUUGGGCGUGUUCAUUGGUGAGCCAAACGCGCCUGAUGUAACCUUUCAGAUGUCCCCUUCGAAAUCACCACGUCUGCGGACUGGGCAGAGCUCUUCUAGCCGAGACCUGUCUCUGUGUGUGUGUGUGUGUGUGUGUGUGUGUGUGUGUGUGUGUGUGUGUGUGUGUGUGUGUGUGUGUGUGNNNGAGAGAGAGAGAGAGAGAGAGAGAGAGAGAGAGAGAGAGAGAGAGAGAGAGAGAGAGAGAGAGAGAGAGAGAGGGUAUUGUCUUCCACGGCAUCCGUUAAAGGGAAGCCAGUGCAGGGGCGGGUCUCUGACGUUUGAGCAGCUUGCAGCCUAGAUUUAUGCAGCGCAGAGUGCAUUCUAAACGUCCCUGAGCAGGAGGUGCGACUGGAGAGGCUGCAGAUGAAGAAGAAUGUGGCCUCUGCGAUGGAGGGUACUGGAGGGAACAAGAUGGAGAGUGCUUUCUGAAGUUCUAUGUCGGUUGUACCCCAGUUUCAAACAUAAGAGAAGAGCGUGCCCUGUCCAGAGCGGAUUAGUUUGAGGAUCCGUUUUGAAUCGAUUAGAUUAUGCUUGUAUGAUGAUACAGGAGCAUGCUUAUUCUUUUAGCUGUGGAAAAACUUUGUAAUUGGCUGGUGAGGUGGGCAUUGGUUGGGCCAGGUUGCCAAGGUUUAUGCGGCGAGUUGGUGGUGUGUAUGGCGAGGGGCUGCAGUUUAUAGGGCUAUGUGCCGCCAGGCUGAAGGUUGCAGCGACCGACAAAGCUAAUGGCGAGAAUGUAGGUGCAGUGUAUAGAACCAGUCGCUUGGUGGCUGAAGUGUGCAGCCAUCAACAAAGCGAAUGGCGAGAA